GGAACGGUGUCUCCUUCACUUCGCCCUCCAGGAGCUGCAGCCGCAGCCCGAGCCCGAGUGAGCCGAGCGGCGGCGGCGGCGGCGGCGCCCCUCAGGAGACCCCCAGGCCCCCUCCUCCAGCGACCUCGCCAUGGCGACCUACGGGCAGACUUGCGCGCGGCCAGCAGUGUGCAUUCCUCCGUCGUAUGCUGACCUUGGCAAAGCUGCCAGAGAUAUUUUCAACAAGGGAUUUGGCUUUGGGUUGGUGAAACUCGAUGUGAAAACGAAGUCAUGCAGUGGUGUGGAAUUCUCAACAUCUGGUUCAUCUAACACAGACACUGGUAAAGUUACCGGGACCUUGGAGACCAAAUAUAAAUGGUGUGAGUAUGGCCUGACUUUCACAGAGAAGUGGAACACUGAUAACACUCUGGGAACAGAGAUCGCAAUUGAAGAUCAGAUUUGUCAAGGUUUGAAACUGACAUUUGAUACUACCUUCUCACCAAACACAGGAAAGAAAAGUGGUAAAAUCAAGUCCUCUUAUAAGAGGGAGUGUAUAAACCUUGGUUGUGAUGUUGACUUUGAUUUUGCUGGGCCUGCAAUCCAUGGAUCUGCAGUCUUUGGUUAUGAGGGCUGGCUCGCUGGGUACCAGAUGACCUUUGACAGUGCCAAAUCAAAGCUCACAAGGAAUAACUUUGCAGUGGGCUACAGGACUGGGGACUUCCAGCUACACACUAAUGUCAACGAUGGGACAGAAUUUGGAGGAUCAAUAUAUCAGAAAGUAUGUGAAGAUCUCGACACUUCAGUAAACCUUGCCUGGACAUCAGGUACCAACAGCACUCGCUUUGGCAUUGCAGCUAAGUAUCAGUUGGACCCCACCGCUUCCAUUUCUGCAAAGGUCAACAACUCUAGUUUAAUUGGAGUGGGUUACACUCAAACUCUGAGGCCUGGUGUGAAGCUUACACUAUCUGCCCUGGUAGAUGGGAAGAGCAUUAAUGCUGGAGGCCACAAGCUUGGGCUUGCCCUCGAAUUGGAGGCUUAACCCAGCUGAAAGAAACCUCUGGCAAUGGAUAUCAGAUUUGGCCUUAAUAUAUUUCCAUUUUGACCAGCAGGCUUUUAUUUCCCCCCAAGAAGGUGAUCAAACAAAGGAUGAUCUAAAGAAGAGCUGUAUUUUAAAUAUUUAGACAGUUACCUUGUUAGUUGGUUUCUAGUUGAAUUGGUUAUCUAGUUACCAAUGCUGCAGUCGUGCAGUCACCUAUACAUUAUUUAAAUGUAUUUAACUGUUAAAAGCGCUACCACCAAUAAUGAAAUAGACCUUUAUGAAAGCUG